GGGGCGGGCUCAGCGGGGGGCGGCCGGCCGCCUCCUCGGGAGGAGGAGGCCGGGAGCCGCGGGCCGACGCGCCGGCUGCCUCCAGCGGGCGGCGGAUGCCAGCUCCAGAGAGCGGCCAGAGACCAUUUUAUUUGAGCAAAGCGGGGGGAAGAAGCGAAGAGAGAGCGCCGCGGAGAUAUCGGGAUUUAAAGCCUGCUCCUCGCCGCCCCCUUCCCCUCUCCCCCCGUAAGACCCCGGUGCGCGCAGGCAGCAGCCUGACAUCCCUCCCGAGCGGCGGCGAUGGGGUGUCUGGGCAACAGCAAAACGGAGGAUCAGCGUAUCGAUGAGAAAGCGCAGCGAGAAGCCAACAAAAAAAUAGAGAAGCAGUUGCAGAAGGAGCGGCUGGCUUACAAAGCGACGCACCGCUUGCUUCUGCUGGGGGCCGGCGAGUCGGGGAAAAGCACCAUCGUGAAACAGAUGAGGAUCCUGCACGUCAAUGGGUUCAACUCAGAAGAAAAGAAACAGAAAAUACUGGAUAUUCGGAAAAAUGUUAAAGAUGCGAUUGUGACUAUAGUUUCAGCUAUGAGCACUUUAAUACCCCCAGUUCCAUUGGCCAACCCAGAAAACCAAUUUCGAAUGGACUACAUCAAGAGCAUAGCUCCUCUUUCUGACUUUGACUAUACACAGGAAUUCUUUGAACAUGCGAAAAAGCUCUGGGAUGAUGAAGGCGUGAAAGCAUGCUUCGAGAGGUCAAACGAGUAUCAACUGAUUGACUGUGCACAGUACUUUUUAGAAAGAAUCGACAGCGUCAGCAUGGAUGACUACACACCCACAGAUCAGGACCUAUUACGAUGCAGAGUUUUGACAUCAGGGAUUUUUGAAACAAGGUUUCAAGUAGAUAAAGUAAAUUUCCACAUGUUUGAUGUAGGUGGCCAAAGAGAUGAGAGAAGAAAAUGGAUCCAGUGCUUUAACGAUGUCACGGCUAUAAUCUUUGUUGUGGCUUGCAGCAGCUACAACAUGGUAAUAAGGGAAGACAAUAACACAAACAGACUACGGGAAUCCCUGGACCUUUUCAAAAGUAUCUGGAAUAAUAGGUGGUUACGGACCAUUUCUAUCAUUUUAUUCUUGAAUAAGCAGGACAUGCUGGCUGAAAAAGUCUUGGCAGGGAAAUCAAAAAUUGAAGAUUACUUUCCUGAAUACGCGCAUUACACCGUACCUGAGGAUGCAACACCAGAUGCAGGAGAAGACCCCAAAGUCACAAGAGCCAAGUUCUUCAUCCGGGAUGAGUUCUUAAGGAUAAGCACGGCGAGCGGAGACGGCCGGCACUACUGCUACCCGCACUUCACGUGCGCCGUGGACACAGAGAACAUCCGCAGAGUGUUCAACGACUGCAGGGACAUCAUCCAGAGGAUGCACCUCCGCCAGUACGAACUCUUGUGAGGGGAUCGCCGUGGAACCUGUGGUUUUAAAUUCUUUGCUCCUUACUCUUUCUCUUGAUACUACCCCACACAGGGUGGAAGAAUAUACUAUAGAAAUGUCAGUCUCUUCACUUGGUUUACUUUAAUUAUUUAACCGUAAAGCUGAUUUGAAGCGAGUUUGGGUUGGUUUUCCUUCAUGCUUUUUGGGACUAUUUUUGUGCUUUAUUUUGACAUGCCACUUCUUCGUCAUUCCACUAAGCCCUUUGGCUACCUCUGUUCCCUCGGGUUUUGUUGUUGAAAGCGAGCACGACCUGCGGCGCGUUGCGGCGGGUCGGUGCCAGUUCGGAGCGGGAUGUUGGCUGGACGACGCUAAGUCACGGCGCUCCCUCCGUGUGGGUUUCCUUUUUAACGUGACAUUGAAGAGUACUUGAUGGGUGAAAAAGAUUAAUGCACUUUGUAUCAGGUUAUUAAAUACUGUCGAGGAAGUAGACACACAAUGUAGCAGCACCACAAUAUUUAUUACUCCGUCACAGUUUUUAGCAUUUCUGAGUUGCAGGUCAACUGAUACGGUGACCUCCUCUUUUAAGCCGUUACUGGCGCAGGAAGUAGAGUAGAUACUGAGAGGAAUAGUGAAGACAAAGCAAUUUCUCUGGGGUUCCGGAGCUCAGCGUCUCUGCGCACCUCAGGUGUUUGAAUCACAGCUCCUUUUCAGCCUGUCGCAUCUAGGCAGAAAAUUGACCGCCCUCACUUACGUUGUUUGUGCUGUCCACAAAUGAUCCUUUUUGUUCCGAUCAUUCUUGGACGACGGUCCUCUCCCUAUAUAUAUUUUUUUGUUUUACUGCUGGUUUAUUAUAUUGUACAGACUGUAAAAUGUAAUAUUAUUUUGUACAACUUUAUUGAAGAAAAAUACUUGUAGAAGAUCUUUGUGCCUUGAUUAUGGCUGUACCUGUAAAAUGAGCUAAGAUGUAAGUAUGUUUUUGAUUGCGCUGUACAGCUUGAUGUCAACCUUACCUGCAGCAGUGACUGGAGGUAAGAACUUUAUCUGUAGAGUUUAGGGGUUUUUUUCUGGUUUAUAUAAAAAUGCUCUUUAGUAUAAAAAUUAUAAAUUAUGCAAAUUAACCACUUACCUUUCCCAGUGAGGUAUUACCGUCACCGGAUGUUGCAGCAAACAUGCCUUUCUCUUUCGAAGUCUCAGCUUUAAAACAUUGGAAUUCAUUCGAGUGUCCAAAUUGCAACCUGGUGUUGUUUUAAUGGGAACCGAGGAUUUAUUAUUAUUAUUAUUAUUCUUUUUUUCCUUUCUGUUUAGAAAAUAUGUUCGGUAAUUCUUCGGUCAUUCAUAGAACUUCACAAUGGCACAGACCGAUUGUGAACGUGCAAAGCAGCAUUCUGUAGAGCUCUUCGAUCUCUGUACCAACAGCGGCUUUCAUUGUGCAAGUAAAUAGCGAGAAAGAAGACAAAAAGUUGUAUCGACCCUCGUGUCUGGCCUAAGAGAAUUACAAGAUGACAUUUUUAUUUCUCUUUUAAUAAAGAGACACGUUAGAAAAUUGUUUUAUUUUAAA